GACAGCAAAGAGUGCUGCAUUUAUCUAGGAAUCUGAACCAAAGCAACCACACCAACACAGAGCAAGCAGAACAAAGAAGAGGAUAAGAAGUGAGAUGAACUGAGACAAAAACAAAGAGGAGGGAGAGAAAACAUCAUGGACAAGGCCAACAUUGUAAAGAUCUAAACAGAAAAGAGAAAUUACCUCUUGAACUAAAGGGGGGCCCCUCUUGGACAUAACGAGAAGUGGAGAAUAAGUUUGGGAUUUGUCAACAACAAGUGGUCCUACCAUCUGGCAACAAGGUUGGAUCACCAAUCUGAAGCCUCAAACAAAAACAGUUUCCCAUGGUUCCUUCCAGCUCUCUUAGUAUGCUGUCUCUGCUGUCACUGAUUGUGGCAGCUCUGCUGUCCUCGGAUGCAUCUCCAGCCUGUUUACAUCCACCCUGCAGGGACAAUCUAGUGGCUGCACCCAUCCCUCCAGCAACAGGGGCAGGAGGGAGUGCCCCGUCCUGUGAGGGUCAAACUGGGACAAGUACAUGUAGUCUUGGGGUUUCUCUUCCAGCCAUCUCAGAGGUUCAACGUAGGCUGGAGCACAGACAGGAUUCCCCACAGGCUCAGUACAAGCCUGGAGGUGUAAAAGAGCGCCUGGUUCAGCUACAGCGCUGCAUGCGCUCUCUGCAGGAAUCAGGAGGCUCCUGGAGUCAUGGGGGCCAGGAGAGCAACUCUUUGGGGGGCAUCCUGGCUUUGACGGCAGCCGUGCUGACAGAGUGUGACCUCCACUGUCACAGCCAAACCCUCAAAGCGAUGGCUAAGCGACUGGAAAGUGCAGCAGUAGGCAGAGAGGGGGAAAAGGACCUGCUGCUCUUCCUGAAGAGCAUCACACAAUAUCCACCCACAGUUGCCCCCAUGGAGAGGUUACAUCCUCAAGAUUGUGCAGAGAUUUACAGACUUGGGAUCAAAGAGAAUGGAAUCUAUACCAUCCAACCUGAUCUGAAUGGGCCAACUUUGGAGGCCAAAUGUGACAUGGAGACGGCGGGUGGCGGGUGGACAGUAAUCCAGCUUCGGCAGGAUGGCUCAGUGGAUUUCAACAGGACAUGGCAGGAAUACCGAGAUGGCUUUGGUGAUCUACAGGGAGAGCACUGGCUGGGUAAUGCAGUGCUGCAUGCCCUUACCUCCAAUGGUCAACACCAGCUCCACAUUGAGUUGGAGGACUGGCAUCAGCAAAAGCGCCAGGCAACUUACAACAACUUCAAAGUGGCCUCAGAGACACAGAGGUAUCGCCUGACGGCCAGGGAGUACUCCGGGGAUGCAGGCAAUGCAUUAAGCUACAGCAAACGAUACAACCAUGAUGGCAGAUCCUUUAGCACCGCUGACAGAGACAACGACAGAUACGCCUCUGGAAACUGUGGUCAGUACUACGGCGCAGGCUGGUGGUUUGAUGCUUGCCUGGCAGCUAACCUGAAUGGACGGUAUCAUCAUGGCCGCUACACUGGGGUGACCAGCGGUAUCUACUGGGGGACAUGGUACAUCCUGACAGAUGGACGAACUGGAGAACGCUAUUCCUUCAAGAGGGUCGAGAUGAAGACAAGACCUAAGAACUUUUUGGAAGAAACUAAAAUAUGAUAAUUAGCUAAAUUUAUACUGUGAUAUUCCAGAUGGAUAUAUAUUUUGAGUAGAGGUA